AAAUCGGUCGUGUUUGACGUCUUCUAACCUCCAAACCUAUUUCUGUUUGAAUUUCCUACCCGCGCAGACAUGUAUUUUGCGUCGAAUGCACGUAAAUAACUCGUCAAACCUCACAAUCGUGAAUAAAACAUCGAUUUAACACGUGUACUGUGGACAUUUCAGUGAUAAUUCAGUGGUUUCGAACCGCCCGUUCCAGUGCGAAAGUUUCUUUUUUAAUUUAUUGAGCACAAUGUCGCGUGACCGUACCUCCAGGCGGUUCUACCGCUCAGAUUCAACUCAUGAUCUGCUCUCCUUCAUGGACCGAGGGCAGGCGGCCAGCGAUGAGAACAGAUGGACCUUCGAGACGGCUUGGGAGGCUGCUAACAAAGUUGGGGGUAUCUACACGGUGAUCAGAUCGAAGGCCUAUGUGUCCACUGAAGAGAUGGGGGACAAUUAUUGCCUCCUUGGUCCAUACAAGGAGCAACACGCCCGUACAGAGGUUGAGGAGGCAGAUUUCCCUCCGAACUCGCCGCUGACUACCGCUGUGAAUGCCAUGAGAAGCAAGGGGUACAAGCUCCACACCGGAACUUGGCUUGUAGAUGGCAACCCUCAAAUCAUUCUCUUCGACAUCGGCUCAGGCGCGUGGCAACUGGACGGGUUCAAGCAGGAACUAUGGGAUACAACCUCUGUUGGGAUCCCACACCUGGACAUUGAAGCGAACGACGCGGUCAUACUAGGGUUCAUGGUCGCGCAGUUUAUUACCGAGUUCCGCAAAGCAGCGGAGGACUACAGCGACACGCCUCCAAGGGUGGUCGCCCAUUUCCACGAGUGGCAGGCUGGCAUCGGACUUAUUAUGCUCAGAGUCCGCCAUGUAGAUGUCGCUACGGUCUUCACGACUCACGCCACUCUAUUGGGAAGAUAUCUGUGUGCUGGCAACACAGACUUUUACAAUAAUUUGGAUAAGUUCUCAGUGGACGAAGAAGCGGGAAAGAGACAGAUAUAUCACCGCUACUGUAUGGAGCGAGCGGCUGCUCAUAUGACGCACAUAUUUACCACCGUUUCUGAUAUUACUGGUUACGAAGCAGAGCAUCUUCUAAAACGCAAACCUGAUAUAAUCACACCAAACGGACUGAACGUUAAGAAGUUCUCGGCGCUACACGAGUUCCAGAAUUUGCACGCUUUGGCCAAAGAAAAGAUCAACGAGUUCACUAGAGGACACUUUUAUGGCCAUUUCAACUUCGACCUAGACAAGACGCUAUACUUCUUUAUUGCUGGCCGCUACGAAUACGGGAACAAGGGCGCGGACAUAUUCAUUGAAGCUUUGGCGCGACUCAACCAUUAUCUGAAGUCAUCCGGCUCGGAGAUGACAGUGGUAGCGUUCCUGAUCUUCCCCGCCAAGACGAACAACUUCAACGUAGAGAGUCUGAGAGGCCACGCGGUCACCAAGUCGCUUAGGGACACCAUACACGACAUACAGCAGAAGGUCGGCGCGAGGAUGUAUGACAUCUGCCUGAGAGGCCACUUGCCGGAGGCUUCAGACUUACUCCACAAGGACGAUACAGUCCGUCUCAAGCGUUGUAUCUACGCAUUACAAAGAGAUGGGUUACCGCCAGUCACCACGCACAAUAUCGUGGACGAUUGGAGCGACCCAGUAUUGAACGGCGUUAGAAGAUGCCAACUGUUCAACACAGUAAACGAUAAUGUGAAGGUAAUCUUCCACCCUGAGUUCCUAACCUCCACCAACCCGCUCUUCGGGCUGGACUACGAAGAGUUCGUCCGCGGCUGCCAUCUUGGAGUCUUCCCUUCGUACUACGAGCCAUGGGGCUACACGCCCGCAGAAUGCACGGUCAUGGGAAUACCUAGCGUCACCACCAACCUGUCUGGUUUCGGCUGCUUCAUGCAAGAACACAUAGCGGAUCCCAUGUCCUACGGUAUAUACGUGGUGGACCGCCGUUACAUAUCGCUAGAGGGCUCUGUUCAACAACUGGCCCAGUAUAUGUUCGAUUUUACCAAGUUAACGAGAAGGCAGCGUAUUAUUCAAAGAAACAGAACUGAAAGAUUGUCAGACCUCAUGGACUGGAGGAAUCUUGGGAUUUACUACAGGCAAGCCAGAGCGCAAGCGUUGAAGAUAGUCUACCCAGACUACGUAGACCAUAUGGACAUACAGCUGGGCAAGAGAUUCAACUACCCCCGGCCCAUAUCUGAGCCGCCAAGCCCUACGCACUCUAGAGCGACAACACCGGCAGCGUCAGUCCACGGCUCGGAUGACGAAGACGAGGUCGAUGAGGAGAAGGAACUCGCUGAAUUGAGGAUUGCUGACUAAAACCAUAGACUAUACCGGUACGUUGUCUUUAUCUAUGAACAUCCUUUAUAGGUUUGUUUGGAGAAAGCUGGCACGAUUUACUAUAUGAGGUGUUAUUUUAGAUUAAUAAAACCUAGAUGGAUAGUCUUCAUACAAACGCUUCGACAAAGGACGCAGUUUAGCAAUAAGGAUCCAAACCACACCAUGUUACAUUUGACACUUUUUGCUACAUGGUAAUUUAUAUCGAAAUAAUUACCACUUUGGUAUACUUCACUCAUUUUCUACGACUUUGUGGGUUGGAUCCUUUUUGCUAAAGUAAGGCAAAAAUUUUAUGUCAUUACUGUCAAAACGUUGUUAAAAAUGUUUAAAAUAAGGCGAUUUUUUCGACAAUCAGAGAUUUUUAUCCACAUUUAUCGUAAUAAAAUGUUAUUAUUUGUUAUUUAAUAAGUCAUUUAAUUAAAACAAAAAAGUUUUAAGUUUUAAGUGGAUCAGAAUGGCGCACUAAACGUUGCCUCACUGUUUGUGCGCGUACUAUCUAUCUAGGUUUUAUUAAAUCUAUGGGUGUGAUUGAGAAGCGUAAACCUGGGGAGACACCCCCUGGAAACUAUAAACCUGUAAGUUGUCUAUGAUUAUUCCUUAUAGAAUGUUUUGUUAGAAAUCAUUGAGGAGUUGUUAUAAAAACUUUAAAAACCAUAACAUUUAAAUGUUCUCUUUGAACAUACCUUGUAUUUUGUCCCAAACGAUUUGGCACGAGUAUCACAAAUAAUAGAAUAGCAGCUGUCAUUGUGCCAGAUCUGUCUAAUUAAAUACUCAAGACAUUUUUGAAGCUAAGAAAUAAUUGUUAUUGGCAAACGUGGAAACACUAUAGCCAUAAAGAAGAAGAAGAAGAAAUAAUUUUAUUUCUUUCGUUUUGUUAAAAUUAUGCUGAAGUUUAUUAUUACAUCACAUUACAGACUACAUUUGAGAUUAAAUGUGUUUUGAUUAUACAAAAUUUUUAUUAUACUUAUACAUAUUUUUAUAUUCAGAAUCUUUAUAAAACCAUCUUGCUUCAGAGGAUUUCUAUUUUUAUAUAAUUUUAUUUACUCUGUUCUUAGUUUAUCAAAACAGUGUUGAUUCAUAAUGUAUUUCGUGUGUCACUUCAUUGUUUGGUUUUUAUUCCUAUUAUAUUUAUGAAAUAUAUAAGUCAAAGUGAAUUUAUAUAUUAUUUACACUCUAUAUAAUAUAAGUUAAGUUAAAAAAAACUAUAAAAUAGAGGGUUAUUCUCGAAAAAUCUUCAUUUUAUUAUUUUGUUAAUUAAAUACAACUACUCGAUAAUUUUGAAGAUUUUUAGAAUAACCUUGUAUUUUUACCCGUCUACGGAAAGAAGGGUUCUAAAUAUAAGAUAAUUUCCUUAAAGUAAAUAAUUUUAGAGAUAGUCAGGGUUUGGUUAAAGUAAAAUAUUAUAGUCUUUGCGCAUUUUAAGCUAGGAAUUUACUAUUAGUAUGUUUUUAUUUUAUGUUUUUUAGUGUUUUCAUGUUAACUAAUUGGAAAUAAUUUAAAUUUAGUUAUUUAUAAAAUAUAUUUUUAAAGUAAAACAGGUAAAACAUAAUGGAUUUUAUUUUAUUGUUAUGACCAUAAAAUUAUUUAAAAAAAUAUUUACCUGUGAAAGUCACUCUUAAACAUUUUAUAUACAAUUUAGCGCAUAGAAUACACAGUAUAUUUAUACAUAUAAAUAAGUUUAAGUAUGCAGUAUAAUAGUUCAACACGCUUAAUAGAAUCACACUUAUAGAGAUCAAAAUAGAGGCAUAAUUUAGUUUAAUAAAUGGCUGAAAAAUAAAAAAAUAUACAAAAAAAUGUGUCAAAAAUGUUCAAGUUACAGUAUAAAUUAUUACAUAAGUAUAAUAAUUUGUCUGUGCGAGUGUUAGCUGUUUUAUAUAAAUUUAUAGAUCAUAACAAUCGAAAUGAGACGGUAACAAUAUUAAUUUUAAUUGUUUUGGUCAUUAUUAUAAGUCGGUGUAGAUGUAAUAUAGUGUAAUUAAAGAUAAUAUACAUAGUUAUAACUUAAGAGCCUGUCAAAUUUUAUAUCUUGACCUGGACAGAAAUGUGUAAUUUCAAUAAUAUUUACAUAUUGUAUGUAUAAUUUAUAUAUUAUAACAAAAUAUAAAUUUAAAAUGAAUUGUAAGUUGUUAUAAUUGAAAAAAUUACAUGUAUUAUGUAUUUUGCAUGAAUUAUAUUUCUGUAUAGGUUAUACUUAUAUUAUUGAAGCUUCAUUACUGCCAUUUUAUCGAGCGUUGGUGUAGUAUCAGAUUUUUUCGUAAUAAUAAUAUUAUUAUCUUGACGUGAUGUACUUUCCUAAAUGCCACUGACACUAUACCAACGCGGUUUUCCAGUCAAUAUUAACUGUAGUUUAGUUUUAAAUCUGUUGAAUUCGUCGUCUUUCUGACUAUGUCUCGAAAAAGGAAAAUAUGGACAUUUUUAAAAGGCAUGACGUUCGGUUAAUUGUUAAGCCCUCCGCUGCGUUGAGCCAUAAAAAAUAUAGUCAAUUUUUUGAGAAAAAAAUACUAUGUAUAAACAACUUUGUCAAUCCCUAUUACAUUUUGUAUUGAUGCGAUCUGACCGUGUGGGCACGAGCAAAGAACGGAAACUGACAAGUGCGGGUGGUGCGUUCAUUUGAACUGACCGCAGAUCGCAGAACGCAUCGACAUCGUGUGACAAAUGCUUGAACGCUAAUAUGCUUGUGUUAGGACCGGGUUCCCCACAAAAGUUGUAUUUACCAGUAUUUAUAUCUACAGGGUGUUAGGUAAAUGGGUAUAUGAGCCGACACUAGCCCAUGUUAACAUAUGCAUAUAAAUGGUAUGGUGAAGUCAGAAAAUUUAAUUUUCAUACAAAUCUGAUUUAAUAAAUUUUAUUUUGUAUGAACAUUAAAAAAAUUAAAAUGAUGAUAUCAAAUUUCUGACUUCACCAUACCAUUUAUAUGCAUAUGUUAACAUGGGCUAGUGUCGGCUCAUAUACCCACUUACCUAACACUCUGUAUACUAAUAUUAUAAAGCUGAAGAGUUUGUUUGUUUACUUGAACGCGCUAAUCUCCGGAACUAUUGGUAAGAGUUGAAAAAUUCUUUCAGUGUUAGAUAGCCCAUUUAUUGAGGAACAUCACGUUAUGAUCAAUAGGAGCAGAGCAACAAUGAAAAAUGUUGCGAAAACAAGUUUUCACGUGUACGAAGUCGCGGGCACAGCUAGUGUAUCAUAAAACAGUAUAAAUUAUAUUCUGUAUAUUAUAAUGCUCAACGCAGCGGUCGGUAUAUAAAUUGUUUUUAAGUGCCAUAUAAUACGGACUUGUUAUAUAGGUUUAGAAAUAAAUUGUGUUACUAAA